AUGUCGUGUAGCUUCACCAUCGACUACGCGGCGGCGGCGGCCUCCGCAAACGUUUUUUAUUACGCAGCUGAUUCGGCUUGUCUGGGUCUCCCAGGCUAUGUUAACGGUUCAGACUGUGCAUCAUGGCCAGUAGCGUCUGCUUCACCGACUGCAACCCUUAUCUGGAGCGCUUCAGGUGGAACGGCGGUCACCAGCACUUGCAACGCCCCCGUUUUCACUUCAGAGGCUUUCCCAAAUAUAGUACGCACUACUGUUCCAUGUAAUGUCCAGAACAGCCUCCUUAGCGUUGAUGGUGUUGCUUCGUACAUUUAUCCUACCGCCGGUACUACUGGGAUGGGUACUUUUGUUUGGACUGUUGGCCCUGGCCCGGGGUCGACUACCACCACCACCGCAGCAACCCCUUAUGUGGUUCCCGGAUAUACGGUCGUUCCCACGACUAUCCCUACAACCUGGUCGACAGUUAUCAAUAGCACCGCUACCGUUAUCACAACCCAAAUUACCACCGUUGCUACCGUAACCCAGCUAUCCACUUUGACGGCUGGUACAACCACGAUUAUGGGCCGUUUCCAGAAGAGACAGGCCUUGACUUGCAGCCCCAGAGGACCCGCUGGGUCUUAUACCUCUGGUGCCACUGUUUCUGACUUGGUUUACACCGAUGUCCUCCACACUACAACUUCGACAUCAGAGUCGACCAUUAUGCCCACAUCAUGGUCGAUUACAAACACCACAGUUACUAACAUUAGUAAUACAACAACUACUUUGGUCACAUCGGCAACUCUCAUUGCCAAUACCAUUAUUACCGUCCCAGCUGCCACUGUCACUGGAACUGGUACAACUGCUGGUACAUCUGAGACUACUGGUGCUGAUACUACUACCGCUAGCGUUGCUACCGGUACUAUGGGACCAUACGCUAUCUCAGUUGUUGCAGUUGGAACCACCAUUACCGAGGGCCUUACUCGUCGAUCAUUGCCUACCGCCAACGUAAACCAUAAGCGUCAGGACAAUGAGGGGUGGAUCGGCCUUGCGGAUGAAGAUGGUACCGUUGGUGUCGUCUCUUCCCAGAGUGACGCCAUCCAAUUCUAUGUCAUUAAUGGUGAACUUGUUGCUGACGUUGGUGGGGUUGACUGGUAUACUUUCACUGAAACAUCCAUCAUUGAGGAUCCUGGUUAUGAGACUUGGGUCCUCCAAUCUAGCCCCCCUGGAGCGGGCUCUAUCUCCACUGAGUGGCAGGGUUUCGAAUUGGAUGCCCUCGACUGGGUCAACGAUGCCUUCGUUGGUACUGGCAUGGCUCAGAUGUGCGUUGCCUCUCCUUUGAGCGGGGAAACCGUCAGCAUCAUUAACUUUUGGUACGACACUACUUUGUCACCACCGGGAGGUGCUUGUGACCUCGUUACAGCCGCCAUUGUUGCUGUUGAGCCAACCCCCAACCCAAGCGCUACCGAGACUGUCACAUCACAGACUACCAUCACUUCCAUCUCCACUAUCACUGGUCCUCCAGUUACCACCUACGUUUGCAACAACGGUGGAAUGUGUCCAAAUGCUUGCACUUAUGAUACUAACCUUGUCACCACUGAAGUCUGCUCGACCGCAAGUGAUGGCCUCAGCACUUGCCAGGCAUGUUUGGGAUCCACCCCACUCCCAGUUAUUCAGACUGACCUCGCUUGGGUCACCUCUACCAUCGAAUGCGCCACCCCACCAUGCCAGCAGAUUGUUACUCAGAUACCUGUUCCAUCCCCUCCAUGUGAUGGUGACAGCACUGUCACUGUCUGGGCUAACAACGGUGCUGCUGGUACUGCUGUUGUGGCUGCCGGUGCCGCCGCUGCUAACACUGUUGCUGCCGCCGAUGCUGCUACUGAUACUGCUGUUAGCAGCGCUGCUACUACAUCAGCAACUCCCACUACCCCCAGAUCGUCCACUCGAACUGGUGCCCCAACUGCCUCCCCGUCCAUCGGUUUGGCAGGAAGGAUCGAGUUCCGACCCGGCAGCGUCAUGGCCCUGGCUCUCGCUGUUGCUUUCGCUUUCCUUGCUUAA